ACCCUUUUCCAAGUCUUUUCCCAGUUCCGCCGCUGGAGGAGAGAGGAGGCGAAGUGGAAGAGGUGGAGGCAAACUCGGGGCUGGGCUGAGUUGACCCCUCCCAGAGCCCUGGGCAAAUGGGGUGGGGGAGAGUGGUAACCCAGGAGGAGAAAAAGAGUGUAAGUGGAAGAGGAGGAGGAGGAGAAGGAGGAGAAGACGGGAGAAUACAAAGUCAACAUGUUAGGAACCAAAUUUUGGGACCGUUUCAUCCGGCAGAUCAAGAGAAACCCCGGACUCAUUCCGCUAAUCAGCUUCAUUGGCCUGGGGAUGGGCAGCGCUGCACUUUACCUGCUUAGACUCGCCUUACGCAGCCCAGACGUCAGCUGGGACAGAAAAAAUAACCCAGAACCUUGGAAUCGCCUGAGCCCCAAUGACCAGUACAAGUUCCUCGCAGUCUCCAUGGAUUACAAGAAACUGAAGAAGGAUCGGCCGGACUUCUGAAGUGGGAGGCCUCUAGGAGGGGUGUGUGUGUAUGCGUGUGUGAAGGUGAAGUGUUCUUGUAGGGGGACUGAGGUCCAGUGCCUGUGACCGGGUGGAGCUGGGCCGAGGGGAGACGGGCAGGAGACUGGGUGUGUGGACGCCAAUAAACACCAUCACCAAAGUC